AUGUUACAAACAAACAAGAAGAAUUCUUCUAAAGGAGAAUUAAUUAAGAUAUUAUCUAGAUCAACGAGUUCGACCCGAGAGAAAAAUCAAGCUAUAAAACAAUUAAAGAAAUUUACUGCUCAACCUAAGAAAGAUUUAGAUAAUAAUUUAAAUAAAUUAUCAUUUAAUAUGAAACAUGGAAGACUAUUUCAUUUUAUGUGUUAUAGAUGUGAUAAACCCAAACAAUCAAAUGUACAAAUUAUAUGUACUUUUAAUGAUUUAAAAUUAACUAUAUGUCAAAGUUGUCAUAUGUCAUUAGAACGAGACAUUAAGUUGAAACAAAUAAUUUCUUCAGGAUGA